CACAUGGUUUUACUCGACAAGACCGGCUCACCGGCGGCUUCAAUGGCCAGAGAGAUUGUGCACAGGGAAGGCUGUUACGCUCUGAAUGUAGCCUGGGAUGAUGUCAAGGCCAACUGUUUGGUGGACAACUACUUCGUUGUGCUGUGCUCUGUGCACCUCGACUGGAAACCUCAACCAUCGUCGGUAAAACAGGAGCUCCCGGAUCUAGGUCAUGAUCUGGCCAUUAUGUGGGACAACCAAGACCUUACUGAUGUUUCCUUCCAUGUUGGCGAGGAGAGCUUCAGCGCACAUCGCCUGGUGCUCGCGACCCGGUCACCGGUCUUCAGAGCUGAGCUCUACGGCCGGAUGGCUGAAAGCAAGAUGACUUCUAUAACCAUCCAAGACAUGGAGGCCUCGACCUUCAGAUUAUUGCUCCAUUACAUUUAUCAUGGUUCACUGCCUGAUGUUGCUGUGAAGGAUGUCUGUUCCACCAUGGCACAAUACCAGCACCUGCUUGUAGCCGCAGACAGAUACAUGGUACAGGGCCUAAAGAAGAUUUGUGAGGACAAGCUUUCGGGCAAUGGUAUUACCAUAGACAGUGUGGUCUCGAUGUUGGAGCAGGCUGAGGACCACGUCUGCCCCAAACUCAAAGCUGCGUGCCUUGAUUUCCUCGCUGAUGGUGACAAUUUUAAGAUGGUUACGAUAUCUGAUGAGUACAUCCAUUUGAUACAGAGCUUUCCGAAUAUCUUGGUUGAAGUGCAGAGUAGGAUCAAGAAAGCUCUUAAAGAAUCUACUACCAUGAAUCCUGGUGCUCACAAGGAAACCCGAUUGCGUUAGGGACACAAUGAUGGGAUUGAUGAACUCAAAUCCUCUUACAGUGCCAUGUUUAUCUUUGAUCAUCCUGUUCUUAAUAGUUGCAUAUUUUGUGGUAGCAGGAAUAUGUAUAUUCCUCCGGUAGCUAUGAUGGUUUUAAGUUCUGGCUAGUGUAUACUAGAAAAUACAUGAUAAG